AUGGAGCCUUCCAUUGUGAGCUUGGGAGUAAUCCUCCUGCUUUUGUGUCUGAACUUAUUUGGGUCAGCUGGAUCUGCCAUGGCAGCCACGUUGGGAAACAACACAGAUCCCCUCUCAUUGCUUGAGUUCAAGAACCAAAUAACCAGUGAUCCUCUCCAAUUCUUGAGCUCAUGGAAUGAAUCUGUCUAUUUCUGCAACUGGGAAGGUGUAACAUGUGGCCCUAAUCAUCAAAGGGUUGUGGCAUUGAAUCUUGCAGGAAAGAAGUUGGUGGGAACCUUAUCACCCACCAUAGGAAACCUCUCUUUCCUUCAUUCUCUUAACCUCAAAAACAACAGCUUCCAUGGUGAAAUCCCACAAGAAAUCACUCAUUUAUUCCACCUCCAAAGAAUCUGUUUGAACAAUAAUUCCUUUGUAGGCCAAAUUCCUUCCAAUCUUUCCCAAUUAUCCAAUCUUAGGUACCUUCAUCUAACUUAUAACAAUUUGGAAGGGGAAAUUCCUGUUGAACUAGGAUCUUUGUCUAAGCUCAUGGAACUAUCCUUGUCUGUCAACAAUCUCAUAGGAGAAAUCCCACCUUCCCUUGGGAACCUUUCCUCUCUCACCUUACUCUCUCUAUACUCAAAUACCUUAAGUGGUACCAUACCAGAUUUCCUAGACAAAAUGAAAAACUUGACAGUCUUUAGAGUAUCAGUAAACAAUCUCUCUGGUACAAUUCCUCCCUCCAUUUACAAUCUGUCAUCUUUGACACUUCUGUCUGUGAGCUCAAACAAAUUAAGGGGUACUUUAAGGUCUGACAUUGGCCUUGCUCUUCCUAAUCUUCAAAAGCUUUAUAUUGGAGAUAACCAAUUCAGUGGUGUCAUUCCAGUUUCAUUAUCUAAUAUAUCGACGCUGGAAGAGAUCGACAUCCCAUUGAACAAUUUUGUAGGAGAUGUGCCUACAAAUUUCGGGCGUCUGCAAUAUCUGAAUUGGUUUCACAUUGCAUAUAACCAACUUGGAACUGGUGGUGCUGGUGGUGAAGAUUUAGGAUUUCUUGAUUCCUUGACAAACUGCAGCAACUUAGGGCUUGUUGCAUUUGCAGCAAACAAUUUUGGAGGUAUGCUACCCCACUCUGUAGUCAAUCUUUCAACCCAACUCACUUUUCUAUCACUUGGACAGAACCAAAUUACUGGUAGCAUUCCAACAGGAAUUGAGAAUUUUGUGAACUUAAUUUUCCUAGAGAUGGAGCAAAACUUACUCACUGGUAGAAUUCCAGAUUCCAUUGGCAAGAUUCAAAAGUUGCAAAAAUUAGUUUUGGAUGGAAAUAAAUUAUCAGGACCAAUUCCAUCUUCCAUUGGUAACUUGACUCAAUUAGUAGAACUUGAUUUGCAUAACAACAGUCUCCAAGGAAGCAUACCUGUGAGUCUUGUUAAUUGCCAAAGCUUGCAAAUCUUGUAUCUUUGUCACAAUAAGCUCAAUGGAACCAUACCCAAAGAGAUUAUUGGCCUUCCUUCCAUCUCAAUUGCCUUUAAUCUGUCUCAUAACUCUCUCUCUGGUCCUCUGCCAUUCGAAAUCGGACAAUUGCAAAAUGUUGGUGCAAUGGAUAUUUCUUACAAUAAUUUGUCUGGUGAGAUUCCACCCACACUUGCAGACUGUAUGAGCUUGGAAUUGCUUCAUAUGCAAGGAAACUUCUUCCAAGGAACCAUUCCUCCAAGUUUUAGUUCCUUGAAGACUCUUCAAGAUCUAGAUAUGUCAAGUAACAACCUUUCAGGUCCAAUUCCAAGUUUUCUAGACCAAUUUCCUUCCUUGUUGAAAUUAAAUUUAUCUUUCAACAAUUUUGAAGGCACAGUACCCAUCACUGGGGUCUUUGGAAAUGCUACUGCUCUCUCAAUUACUGGAAACAGCAACCUUUGUGGGGGUAUCCCUGAACUAAAUUUGCCUUCAUGUCCCAAUAAUCAAGGGUCUAAGCCACAACAAAAUACCCCUUUUGUGGUCUCAUUAGCUACCACAGUUGUUGGGGUAGUUCUAUCUUUAAUUAUGAUUGUAUUUCUCAUUGUAUCCUGGAGAAGAAAAUCUAUAAAGGUAGCGAAUUCCAGUACUUCGUUAACACAGUGCUCGUGGUACUACAAAGUUUCUUAUGAAGGGCUAUAUAAAGCUACUGGUGGAUUUUCUUCACUCAAUAUGAUAGGGUAUGGUGGUUUUGGGACAGUUUAUAAGGGAAUUCUCCAUCAAGAUACAAUAACUGUUGCAGUGAAGGUACUUGACAACCAACAGCAAGAUGCUUCCAAGAGUUUUAUGGCUGAAUGCAAAGCUUUGAGAAACAUUCGGCAUAAAAAUCUUGUUAAGGUUUUAAGUGCUUGCUCAAGCAUAGAUUUUGAUGGUAAUGAAUUUAAAGCCCUUGUCUUUGAGUUCAUGCCAAAUGGUAGCCUAGAAGAGUGGAUCUAUCCAAAGGAAGAUGGUAAUAAAAAUCCAUUAUUAUCAAGAAAUUUGAGCCUUACACAGAGACUGAACAUUGCACUUGAUGUGGCUAAUGCAUUGUCUUACCUCCAUCACCAAUGCCAAACAGUAGUGGUUCAUUGUGAUUUGAAGCCGAGCAAUGUUCUUCUUGACAAUGACAUGAAUGCUCAUGUUAGCGAUUUUGGUCUCGCAAGAUUACUAUCGAAUUCUGAAAAUCAAUAUUCCGGAUCAAUUGGGUUAAAGGGAUCUAUUGGAUACGUUGCUCCAGAGUAUGGUAUGGGUGCUGAAGUGUCGACAAGUGGGGACGUGUAUAGUUAUGGGAUUCUCUUAUUGGAAAUGUUCACAAAAAGAAAACCCACUGAUGAAGCAUUUGAAGAUGGCAUGAACCUUCACACCUUCUGUAAAAAGGCUUUGACGGAUAAUGUCAUUGAUAUUAUUGAUCCAUUACUCUUGCCCAAGGAAGAAGAAUUAGAGAAAACAAAAGGAGAUGAAGAAUCUAGUGAGAGGAGUAAAAUAUAUGACUGCUUGAUUUCAAUGAUCCAUAUUGGAAUUGUAUGCUCUGCAGAGUUGCCAAAUGAAAGAAUGGAUAUGAGUGAGGUCACAAAGGAAAUUGAGUUGAUCAAGGACACUUAUCUUGGUGUUGAGAAGCAAACAGAUUUACCAAGUCUAGCUCAAUUACUAGGUGAAUCUUCCUCCCUACCUUAG